AACUUCCUUUCACGACAUCAGCGGCACCUAGGCAGCAGCAGUAUCUGAUAUGCAUACGCGACUCUUGCUCUGGACUACAGGCGCACCUCUCCAAGGCUGCCUGUAACCCAACGAGAGCCCAGUGAUGGGCAAGGAGAAGCUCCAUAUCAACAUCGUGGUCAUUGGCCAUGUGGACUCAGGAAAGUCCACCACCACAGGCCACCUCAUUUACAAGUGUGGAGGCAUCGACAAGAGGACCAUUGAGAAGUUUGAGAAGGAAGCUGCAGAGAUGGGAAAAGGCUCCUUUUAGUAUGCUUGGGUCCUUGACAAACUCAAAGCUGAGAGAGAGAGAGGGAUCACCAUCGACAUCUCCCUGUGGAAGUUUGAGACCAGCAAGUACUAUGUCACCAUCAUUGAUGCUCCAGGACACAGAGACUUUAUUAAGAACAUGAUCACUGGCACCUCACAGGCAGACUGUGCUGUGUUGAUCGUGGCAGCUGGCGUUGGUGAAUUUGAGGCUGGCAUCUCAAAGAACGGACAAACACGUGAGCAUGCCUUGCUGGCGUACACCCUGGGCGUCAAACAACUGAUCGUGGGUGUCAACAAGAUGGACUCUACGGAACCCAAUUACAGCCAGAAGCGCUAUGAGGAGAUUGUGAAAGAAGUCAGCACUUAUAUCAAGAAAAUCGGCUACAACCCCGACACAGUGGCAUUUGUGCCAAUCUCCGGAUGGAAUGGGGAUAACAUGCUGGAGGCCAGCCCAAAUAUGACCUGGUUCAAGGGCUGGAAGAUCACUCGUAAGGAUGGGAGUGGCUCUGGGACGACUCUAUUGGAGGCUCUGGAUGCCAUUCAGUCUCCAACCCGCCCCACUGACAAACCCCUCCGACUCCCGCUGCAGGAUGUGUACAAAAUCGGAGGAAUUGGUACUGUGCCUGUGGGACGUGUAGAGACAGGUAUUCUGAAACCUGGUCUAGUUGUGACAUUUGCACCCGUGAACGUGACCACUGAGGUCAAAUCUGUGGAGAUGCAUCACGAGGCUCUAUCUGAAGCUCUUCCAGGCGAUAAUGUGGGAUUUAAUGUGAAGAAUGUCUCAGUCAAAGAUAUCCGACGUGGGAAUGUUGCAGGUGACAGCAAGAACGAUCCUCCACAGGAGGCGGCGAGUUUCACAGCUCAGGUGAUCAUUCUGAACCAUCCAGGUCAGAUCAGUGCUGGUUAUGCCCCAGUUCUCGACUGCCACACUGCUCAUAUUGCCUGUAAGUUUGCCGAGUUAAAGGAGAAGAUUGACCGUCGCUCUGGGAAGAAGCUUGAAGAUAAUCCCAAGUCCCUGAAGUCUGGGGAUGCUGCUAUUGUAGAUAUGAUACCAGGCAAACCCAUGUGUGUGGAGAGUUUCUCUGAGUAUCCUCCUCUUGGUCGCUUUGCAGUGCGUGACAUGCGUCAGACCGUAGCAGUGGGCGUCAUCAAGGGUGUUGAGAAGAAGACUUCUUCCUCCGGGAAGGUCACAAAAUCUGCCCAAAAGGCCCAGAAGAACAAAUGAAUGUUGUGCUGGGCUGCUAACACUUGGGUCAGCCACACCAUCCCUCCUCUUUUCAACUCCAUAAUCAAGGCUUGGUUAAUUAUCACAAUGCAUCGCAAAAGCAGAAGAAGGAAAAGGAAACCUUGCACCUGCUUGACAAUGAUUAUGAUGGUAUAUUUAUGUUUAACUGUAUGUUCAGUUUGAAUUGUAAGUCUAUUUGCUCUAUUGUUAAAUUGUUAUAAGCACUUUAAGAAGACUCUUGCUAAGAUUGCUUAAAUGACCUGGCUUAUAGUCCAAUAGGUUGAAGAUUCUUAGUCUGUUCUGAUUGAUGUGAUUGAUCAACAGUCUGUUGAUGUGUUGUGAUGUGAUGUAGUUUUUUAAAAGUCUUUUUCUGUGUGCAUGAAGCUAAAGUACCCAGCGCACUUUACUGUCUACCCUGACAGCGCUCCGAAGAAGCAUGAGCUAUCCUGUUUGCACUUGCACUCAUGUACUUUAACGAGAAUAUGAUUCUCCAUUAUCUUAUGUGUCGGUUCUUAACCAAAAAUAAAAUGCAUUUGAACUC